AUGAUUGUCGGACUCGUCGAGGGCACCCAAGGACAGGCGGUACUCCUUCGGACAGCCAUUGAAGCCGAAUUCAAGGCCGCAGGUAUCUCGACCCAACAUAUUCUCAGCCCAGCCACCGAGACCACGCUUGAGGGCAUCGAUGCGCUUCUCGUCUUCCCAAACACUGCCGACGACUGUGCCUCGUCCUACCAAGCUGAAUGGGCCAGUGUGGGGAAGAGGGACGGGGUUCGACUCUUUGUGCCUUUGCGAUACGGCAACCCCAUGGGCUUUGAGAAGGGUGACCCGCCAUUUCUGGCAGCCAUUCAGCCUCUGCUGGAGCACUGCGAUAGCAUCGGUCUAGGCGUCUGCCGUAUCCUCACUGGUCCAGCAAUGGACGCCGUUCUCCCAGGGAUCCUCCGCAUUGAGGAUGGCCACGCGACGGUCGUUGGUAAAGGCGACACCCCAAUCUCCUUCGUCCACUCUCAAGACGUGGGCAGGCUCGUAGCGGCUCACUUUUGGAACGCUAAAGAGGACCUCUCUAUCCUUGCCGGUGCGGUAAUUGCACCGACUGGUGACCCCACGACGUAUAACGGCGCAUUGGCACUGGUGGCCAAGAUUACGAAUGUCCCAAUUGACAUCACCCAUCGGCCACUGAACGAGGUGCCGCUGCCUGACCAGUUUGACUUCAAUUACUUCCUUGACUGGCUCAUGACGGCUUGGGAGACCGGGCGUGCCCAUCAGACCUGCAGUGACAAUGCCGAGUCGGCAGUGACCGACUUUGAAUAUCGGACUGUUGAGGAGGCGCUGCGUGCGGCUCUUGACCAGGCACAGCUGUAG